CACUACGCUUAAACGGUUGUUUGAACCGGAAGCAAAUUGCGUAGACGCUUUAGCGCGAUUAAUCUACGUAUACUUCUUAAUACCUAAAAUAUUUUUUAUUUCAAUCGUUCGACAUCGAUUAAUCAAAAUGGUAUGUAUUUAAAUAAUAAUCUUUUAUGGCAUUACUUACAUUUUGAUCUUAAUUAUUUUGAUAAGAUAAGACAGAAUAAGCACGGUAUAACAUUUUACAUAGCCGGCUUCCUUUGUUUACAAAUGGCAGAAUGAUAAAUUCUGAAAUCGAAAGUUGAACGAAAUCAUAGCUAGAUUCUAUUAUUUAUAUUGUCUUUUACAUUUUGGUUUAUUCGAAUUAUUACAUUGUAUCUUAGCUUAGCAAUGGAGUAGUUUAAGAGGCCAUCGUAUUAUACAUGACAUACUAGUCACUCUUUCACAUUCAUUAUUUAUACAAAAAUAUCCAGCUACUACAAAUCUUUUUCACUUUUUAGAACUUAGUUUUACUUUACUUGACUUAGCUGUUUUUAUUUGAUUUGGCUUUGGUGCUUUUAAGCUUUUUUUUUAAACGUAAUACAGAUAGGGCUAUUUGCCCAGUCAUAAAAGAUGUAGAAUAGUUAUCUUUUUUGUUUAUAAUUAAUAAGGAUAUUAUUAUCUUUUCAGUCAACUGGCAAAAGCUCCAAAAUGCUGCAGCACAUCAAUUACAGGAUGCGCUGUCAGCUGCAAGACGGACGCAUAUUCAUAGGCACUUUUAAAGCAUUCGAUAAACACAUGAAUCUUAUUUUGGGUGACUGUGAUGAAUUCAGAAAGAUCAAGCCCAAGAAUGUAAAAUCUAAUGAGCGUGAAGAAAAAAGGGUUUUGGGCUUGGUGUUGUUACGUGGUGAACAUCUAGUCUCAAUGACCGUAGAAGGGCCACCAGCAGCUGAGGUAAUUGUUUGUAUUAUUGUCAGAGUUCCAAUUAUUCCAGCUUGUCGAUAUCUUUGCCAACAUCAUGAUUAUGUGUUAGUUAAAGUAGUGUUAUUGUAUUUAUGAAUUAAAGUAAGAAUGGCCCUACUCUGUACUCUCAAAACCCUGAAAGGAUAUGCAGAAUCAAUAUAAUAUAAUAUUAUGCACACAUAACUAAUCACUUUGUUCUUGCUGAUGUCUGAAAACACUGAUGUAUGUGUUGCAAUUAGCCUGAGAGCAUACUGUAUUUGUUUUGCAUAGCUUACUUCUCUGUGAGUACUUAAAUUUGGUCUUUAACCCUCUACGGGGCAGAGGUACUUCCUCUUGCAUGUCCUCAACGGGCACCACUUUUCCGUUUUUUAGUAAGAUUUAGGGUAACGUUACCCAAAAAAAUCAAAAAAUCAAAUCUAAGGUGUUAUUCAACAAAUUUGUGUGAAAUAAAAAACAAAUCUAAAGGAAAAUGAAUGCAGAUAUAUUAUUGUACUAACAUGAUGCCAUUAAUCCUCAUUUGAACACAAAUAUUUGCAAAAAAGUACACAUUGUUUGUGAUUGUGACAAACACUGCCACAUAAUCGAAGUUUGUAAAAUUCAACACUGCUUACUACACUGAUUUCACUAAUAUUACUACUAAUAUUACUAUCUAGUUCCCAUUUACAGUCAAUUCGUGCACUUAAAUGUCACUUAAAUUGAAUCCAGCGAAAUCUCUGCUAUGACUUGAAUAAUAGGCACAAAUAAUCUGCAAAAUCCAUUUUGGAAAAAAAUAAAUUUUUAAAACCCCUAAAACUACAAAAAAAAUUGAUUAAAUACUUAUAAAUGGCGCCUACUCCAUUUAGCUAUCGGAAAAACCGGAUGUAAACAAUAGGAAGUCUCACAAAGCCUCGGAGGUCACGAGAAAACAACUCUAUGUCGUCACGGACGCUUUUGGGCGUUUUGCCCUUUAAGUGGUAAAGACGUUUUCUGCCACUCUGCCCCGUAAAGGGUUAAGUACCUUUUAAAAAAACUUCCUGUGCAAGACCUCCAUUCUUUUUCAUAUUGCUACUGAUAUUAUAUUUUCAGGAAGGUGUUGCCAGAGUACCUUUAUCUGGAGCCAGUACAGGACCUGGAGUUGGUAGGGCAGCUGGUCGUGGUAUGGGUGGAGCUGGAGGAAUGGGUGGGGCACCAGGUCUCCAAGGCCCUGCUCGAGGUGUGGGUGGUCCUUCACCCCAAAUGAUGACUCCACAACCAAGAAUGGGAGGCCCAGGUGGACCACCAAUGGGUAGGUUAACAUGUUAGAUUAGUGCUAUUAAAUAUGAAGUAAGUUCAUGAAGUGUGUUUCAUCUCAAAAUCAAACUUUAAAACAAGGAAUUUGUUUUAAAUAUUGCAUGCUUUUAAACAUUUUUACCUUCAUAAUUUUUUUAAUUAGCAGGUCUAUGCUUUUUCUUUUUACUAGUGUAAACAUUCUUUGUUAAAUUCUGCGCCACCUUUAUUUCUCAUAUAAUGGGCACCUUUAUUAACUUUUAUGUUAUUAUCUGAUAUAUCUUACACAUUUUUAAUGGAAAUAUUUUUCUAAGGUGGUCGUGGUGGUCCUCCAAUGAUGAUGGGCGGGCCAGGAAACAUGAGGCCACAGGGAAUGCCACGAGGACCAGGCCCAAUGCCUGUUAUGAGAGGUUAGUCUUAAGAGCAAUAGUUAAAGUUAGAUUAAUUAUAAAAAUGUAGGUCCUUUGGUUGAAGCAGUAUAUAUUUCCCUUCAAUGUUAUAUUUUAACAUGUUAAAUGAAUACUCUCUUUGACAUUAUUACCAUACAAAUUUACUUCAAAUUGUAAGAUAGUUUUACCAACUGAUAGCUUGCAAGAAUACAAUAAUGUAUUACGGUGGUCAUCAUUACUAGGAUUUUUUAAUGUAAUCCUUCCUUACCAUUAUUCCAUGCCAUGUAAGCAUGUUUUGAAUUCCCAGCUAUACAGUUAUUUCUCUUAUCAGGAGUCGGUUUCUUCUUUUAAUCAAAUUAUUUGUGCUUAUGUUCAGCUUGUUUUCCACUUAAUACAAUGAUGGAGAUGAUUAUAUUAGUUUUACUACAGCCUACGAUCUGAGAAAAGCAUCUCUUUUGCAAUCUUAAUAGUGUAGUCAAGAUGUGUUUUAAAAGUUGUUACUCAUAGUCCAAGCUAGCAAAUUAACUAGCUAGCUAGUAAUUUAGAGUAGUUCAAUCACCAGCUCUAGUCUACACUUCAUUUACAUUUAAUACCAGUGUCUGAAUAGCAUUUUGUAAUAUCACAUGGUCUGUUAGCUAGUUAAUCUGCCAAACUGUCCAUUCACCCUAUUAAAAUCUUUGAAUCCUUAUUUUUUUUACUCAAGGAGUUCCCACAUCAAAUCUUUAUAAUAACUGCUACCAUCUCCGUGAUAUUUUCAAGUCAUACUGGCAACAUAUAGUGUUUAUAUAAGAGAAGUUUUGAUAAAAAGUAGAAAAUACUAGUCUUUUUUAUAGUAAAAUUUAUUGCAUUUCCUUGAAGCUGGAAAUUUCUAACAUUUAAAUUUGUAAAGAGUGUAAAAUAAGCUAAGUCCCUUUGAACUGAAGUAAGUUUUCUCGAAAUAUUCUUAGAUUUAAAAGCAAUUCAUUACUGAGUCAAAGAGUUUAAAUUGAUUUAAACCAGCAGCAUUGCACAAAAAACUUUUUCAUUGUGGAGUAGUAAAAAAAUAAUGAUAUUUUCUUUUUUAAAUUCAGUUAUAUAAGCUUUAGUAAUCAUUGCAUUUAUAGAUACCUAUUUUGAAAAAGGAAAAAAAUAUGUUUAAGAUCUCAAACUUAUUUUUCAUUACUCUGCUAAUAAGUAUAAAGACAUUUUAUCAUAAUUUGCUGUGUUAGGCACAUAUAUAGCUUUUCACCAAUUAUAAUCGAAAGAAAUAGAGACCAUGUGAGUAUACUAUCUUCACACCAAAUUCUAGUAAUUCUAUUGAAACAAUGUUUUCAAUUAACUGCUGAUUGUUGAAACUUUAGUACCAUGUGGACGAAUUAAAAGAAAUUUGAAUAUUAUAUGUGAGAUUGUCUUCUAGAUCAAAGCAGAAACAUUGUAAAAUACCAUUUAUUUUGCAAAAUGUAGUACCAGCACCCAUACCAAUUUUAUUUACCAAAUUUCUGGUCUUUGCAUGUCUUUUAUUAUUAUUAUUUUGGCUAUAAAAGCCAUUGUUAAAAAUCAGAUUAAUGCAAAUUCUACUGUUUCAAAACAACCCCACUCAAUGCCCUUCAACACCUCUAUAUGGUCUCUGAGCCCACCAUUGCCCCAGUGGUUCACUAUCCUCCAUUUUAGGAAAUGCAGUUAAUUCUAUUCUUCUAUUCCAACACAAAAAAAAUAAAAGAACAUGUCAGUUUGAAGAGUAAAGUAAUUUGAAAAUUUUGCAUUGAUAAAUUUUAAAAGAAAUUAUCAGUUAUCUAGGAAUUAAAGGAUGGUAUUGACAGUAUUGUUUGAAGAUGGCAUUUCAGGGCUCAGUGCACAUUUCUGACCAUGUUGGGUUUUGGUUGAGAUGGGGCUGAUCUUUUAUUAUUUUAAGAUUUACUGUCAAAGAAAGUGUUAUUUAAAUUACAGGUACUAGUCAAACAGAAAUUUUUUGAAUUAUUUAAAAGAAGAAGCUAUUUGACAUCCACAUAAAAAGGUUGACAAUACCAAGGACCAUAUUAUUAUGGUGAUUUUGUGUGUUCCUUUUUGUAUAGUUUAGUCAACCAUAUAGUAAGUUGAAAAUCAAUUUUAUUCACACACCAAGUUGGGUAUACUGUAAAUAUAUUAUAUUAUAAGUUUUACAUUGUAAUUUACACAAAUUCAAGAGGAAUACUGUAUUAUUAAAUAACAGAAACAAAUGGAUUAGUUUAGAAUCAUAUUUUUUCCACAUCUUUACAGCCUGUGGAUAAAGCAUUUCUUUCCAUAUGAUCCUUUAUUUAUGUUAAAUUUAUUGAUUUGAUUAGUUAGUAAUCCACUGCUCAUAUGUUUUAUAUUUGUAUUAUAUCAACACUGUAAAUCUCUAAACACUAAAAGUCUAUAAACCCUAACUUGGUUAGAUCAUGUACCAAAAAAAUUUACUAUCCACCAAUGCAAUUUUUGGAUAUAUUUGUACAGGGACAGGGGGAAGCCCUUGAUUUUCACUUCACUCUACAUUCAGUUGCAUUCUGCUGGCCCAAUUUUUCUCAGUUAUUUCAGUUUUUCUUACUGAAGAAUUUUGUAAUAUAAAAAAAAAUGUUUACCUACAAAAUGGCUUCUACAUCCAGUAGUAACUGUAACAAAGACUGUCUGUCUUAAAAGGUUAUUUUCUGUUUCAAGCAUUGUUUACUGAUGGACAUCAUUACAGAAACUCUGAAUUGUCUAAAAAAAAACAACUAUUUUUCAAUAUAUUAAAAUGAUAACCAAACCACAGCUACAUCAUAACACAUGCUUAUGACUGUAUCAUUCAGUGAAUUCGUUUUUCUUGAAUUUCAUAAUCUUUCUCUUCACAAAUUAUUAUCAAAUGGUUUUUUCUUUAUAUAAUAUACACAAUUAAUUAAAAUGACAAUUUUUGUGUAUAAUUAGCUCUUCAAUUCUCAGUAUGUGCAUAAAGCGUAAGUAUUAAAUGUCUGAAAUAGCCCAUGCAAAUCUGCAAAAUCGGAUUUGUAACACCGUGCAAGAGCAUUACAAAAUACCAUUUUCUGUUUCACAAUGUAAUAACACCUUAUAAAACCAAACAUUUGUCGAGAUAUUUCUCUAUAUGACCUGUAUAUUAUAUUUCAAACUGCCACAGAAAAAGGUAUUUUGCAUCCAGUAAUGUUAAUAUUUACAUGUUACACAAAAAUAACAAACCGGUAGGCUCUUUUUGACUUUUUAUCAACUAAACGUUCUGCUUUCAUGUUAGCCAGUCCUGUAAAACUAUUAGAAUUUUCCCAUUUCAUUCUGCAACGCAAUUAGGUACCGGUAUAUAAAACAUUAUAAUAGCUUUAAAGAAGAACAAUUAUGACAUAUUGCCUGUAGACACCUAAAAUAAAAUUUUAUCUCCUCAAAAUAAAAUGACUCAGUCAAAAUGAAGAUUUGACCCAUGGACACAAGAGUUAAAAUAAUUGAAAAGAACAAAUUUCUGAACUUAUUAGACUUAUGCUUCACAGUGAGGAAAUGUCAAGUCAGCGUGUUUCAUUGUAUUAAAUUAUAUUUUAUACUAUAAAAAGGCGGUGCCAACUCUUCUCCAACUCCAGUCUUAUCAGCUUUGUCCUUUUAUUGUUAUUGAUUAUAUAUGGGAGUGUCUAACAUUAGCAGUGGUCAAAGCUGUUUGUUCAGUGUCCUUUACACUAUUUCAAUAGCACUCUCUUACCAGCAGACCGUAAGCCAGUACUUAAGAAUCUUGGCAAACUCCAUUUAACCUUUUUUUCCCUCUUUCUCUCUCUCUCUCUCCUGUUUUUUAAAACACCUGUCAAGCCCAAGGGCAUGUGAGGGAAAGUCUAUAAUGAAUGGAAGCUCAUAGGGCAGAUGAAGCCUGGGGCAGCAACCAUAACCAAUGGGAAAACUUGCUUUCAGGGCAUGGAUCUGGAGGAGAAGAUGAAUGGCCCCGGGGGCUUGAAGGCAACAGAAAUAAAACACAUAAUAAUGAAUGCAAUGAUUGAAAGGCUUUGAAGGGCUGGGGGCUAACACUCUAGUUGAAAAGAUGAAAUGGGGAAUUCAAUUGGGUGUUAUUUAUUCCAUAACUUGCCUUGAAAAAUAAAUGGGUGAAGGCUUUGCCAAAGAUGAUGUUAGGAGAUUUGCUGUCUUGGUCAUUUGUUAGAAAGUAGUGUAUUUUCUGUUGCAGUCAUUAUUUUAGAAAGAUGUUUGAGGUUUUAGGAUAUCAGUUAUUGUUAUUAGUAAUAUUAGUACUUUUAAGGUUUUUCAAAACAAAAUUUCAUAUUUAGAUAUGUGUAUCAGAAUCACUAUAACUGAUAGUAUUGGCUACAUGACGUUUUUCUAUACCGGUAUUCUAUAUAUAAUUAUUUUAUUUUGUAAAAAUAUUUUUUUUUACUCUCCGUGUUUACUAUUUUUUUAUUUCACAUUCAUGAGUAAAUCAUAAAUGUCCUGUGCUGUUGAGCAGAACUGAAUUAAAAAACCUGUUGUGUAGUUUUGUCCCUCAAAUGCAAGAAGUGGCUAAAUUUGUAUACUUGAAUUUCAUGCGUGGCUCAAUCUUGCACUUAAGGCACAGUGGUAUGAAAGCCUCCUCUGGCUGGUGGUAUUUAUGUCUUGCCUAGUGGCCAGGGGGCAUACAAAAAAAAAAUCUCUGAGGUGGGAUCAAUAAUGGGGAGUUGGGCUGAUGAAUGCAUAAUCGCUUGUAGCUGGAGGCAAUAGACUGGCAGUGCCCACCGAACUUAUUAUUACUGCCUGGGGACAGAGACUGCCAGUGAGGAAGGUGGAGGAUGGUUUAUAAAAACUGAGGCCGAACACAAAUUAUUUUGAGUUUAAAGUGGUUGGCUGAAUGUACUUAGCAGUGUUUAAGUGGUAGUCGAAAAUCUAAUAUGGAAGCAAUUUAACAAUUUUUUUUUUUCCCUGUGUAAAUAAUAAUGCAACUAUUAUCUCUGAGCUUUUGUUGAUGAAGUGAUUAGGCCCCUUACUGAAAAUAUUCUUUUAGAAUUACAGAUUGAUACUUAUUGAGACUGAAUAAAUCAUUUAUACCUCUAUUGAUACCAUAGUUAAUUUAUUUUUUGCAUUGAAAUCUUUAUUAUUAUUUUUUAUUGGACAUAGGUGUGUUCGUUAUUACUAGAGGAAAAAAACUGUUUAAUGUAAACUUUUCUAUUUUUCAGGGGGAAUGCCAGGCCAGCCGCCCAGGAUGGGUGGCCCUCCGAUGUAACCCAAGGUCAUCAAGUACUUCAUCUUUACCAUCAUUCUUAUUCACUUCCAUUCAAUUCAUUUCACCCACAUUCAUCAUGUGUACAGCCACAACAUCCUCCAGUGUUGGUUUGUUUGUUAUGAUGAAUGGUGUUCCAUUUAAAUUUUAUAGGAAACAUUCUUUUGUCAAUGUACUGCUGGCUUGCUUGGCGGUGAGAAUAACAGCAGUAUUAGCAGUGCAGAAUCUUGUUUCUUAUAAAAUGGUUGGUUGGCUUUUAGACAAUGUCAUGCCAUCUUGUGUUGGCUUGAAAUGUCACGGAGGCUUUGGGACCCUGGUACUUCUCAGUCUUGUGUGUUUCCAAUGGUGAGCUUGUGACCUUGAACCUGUAAAAUAUGUGUGCGUGCUGGUGUGAGAACAUGUGGUGAGUUUGUGGAUGAUUUAAACAGGAUUGUUGGGUUUAUGUCUGUCUAUUCAUGGUGACAGCAUAAAUAACCUGAAGACUGGCGCUACUAGGGGGUUGGGGGGUAGAUUUCUGUCAGAUUUUCAAACCACUACCUUCAACCUCAAAAAUUAUUAACGAUCAAAAUUGCUUCAUUCCACAUAUCAGGAAGUUACCUGUGCUGGGUUCUGGUAAAACCUACAGACUUCAGUUUGUGUUAACUAACAAAAUGACUUGAGAUGAGUUUGUUUCUUGUGCAUUAAAGUAAUGAUUGCCACCCCCCAACACAUACCUGAUAAUCUCUGGAAGGGAACAAUGUGCAAGUGCGGCGGCGUGAGCUGUUUUUAUCUGAAUUAUUAGCUGUGGUGAGUGUGAGUGACAGAUGGUUCAAGUUAUAAAAUGUUUUUAAUGAUUAAAGCUAAUUUACUGUAACAAUUUUGUGGAGUUGUCUAGUUUUUGAUGUCCUUGUGGAUUCAAUCCUGGUUGUGUACAUUUGAUUAAACUAGUCAUCUAGCUGUGCUGAUUAAAAUUAAUG